UUUCUUACGCCCCAUUUUCGCGUGGGCCUGGUUUCGAAGCGAGCUAGAGAGAGGAGAGAGAGUGAGAGGAGGGGAAGGAGAGGGCGGGAGAGAGCGGCAAUGGUGGAGAUGAGCGCGGGGGAGGUGACCCCCAACAUGACCAUCUACAUCAACAACCUCAACGAGAAGAUCAAAAUCGAUGAGCUCAAAAAAUCGCUCUCUGCUGUCUUCUCUCAAUUUGGAAAGAUCUUGGAGGUACUUGCUUUUAAAACCUUGAAACAUCGUGGACAAGCAUGGGUGGUUUUUGAAGAUGUCACUUCUGCAACUAAUGCACUUAGACAAAUGCAAGGAUUUCCAUUCUAUGACAAACCAAUGAGGAUACAGUAUGCAAAGACCAAGUCAGACGUUAUAGCGAAAGCUGAUGGUACUUUUGCUCCACGUGAAAAGCGAAAAAGACAUGACGACAGAGCAGAGAGAAAAAGACGGGAACAUCAGCAUGAUGCAAAUCAAGUGGGUCCCAAUGCUGCAUAUGCUGGUGCUUAUGGUGUUGCACCUCCUCUAUCCCAAUUGCCAUAUCCUGGAAAAGCAAGUGUUCCAGAGGCCCCAGCACCUCCAAACAACAUCUUGUUUGUUCAGAACCUUCCUCAUGAAACAACCCCAGUGAUGCUACAGAUGCUCUUUUGCCAAUACCCAGGCUUCAAGGAAGUAAGAAUGGUGGAAACAAAGCCUGGGAUUGCAUUUGUCGAAUAUGGAGAUGAGAUGCAAUCAACGGUUGCAAUGCAAAGUCUUCAGGGUUUUAAGAUGACUCCACAGAACGCAAUGAUCAUCACUUAUGCUAAGAAGUGAGAACUUUCUUGUUAACUGUAUACAUGAAUAUGCUGUUAGUAUGCUUGAGCGUGUCAUCGUAUGGGCGAUGUGCACCUGGUAGUUGGUCUUUGUUGGUCUCUGGCUUUCCCGUGUUAACCAUUUUAGUCAUGACCCAUGUCGCAUUGGAUUUAUGUUCAUGUGGAGACGCCAGAGUUCUUUCAGAAUUUUUUACCAUCUGACAUAUUGUGACUACGAAGGACGCAUAGAUUGGAAAAUCUCCUGAUAUAGAUUGUUCCAGGAAGAUGAUCUGCAUGCUAGGCUGGCAUCUUUUCUCUUUCUCAGACAUUGGCAUUGCAUGUUGCAUGUAUUUUUGUUUUAGAUUUAUGAAGAUACAGUUAUGAGGAAAAAAAGAAUUGAUAUCAGCAAUGUGUUGCUGGAGGAAUCCAAGUUAGUUUGUAUGACCUCUUAUUGGUUUAUGUAUGAUGAAUAGUGCUUUUAUCUUUAUUA